UAUUGGGAUGAGUUUUGUUUUGAAAUCGUCAAGGCGCUUGCGAAACAACCUGUGUUCGCACGUCAUACACUAUAGCAUAUUGCCUCAUGAUCAAUAAGCUACCCGAAACAAUGUCAGACUGCUAACAUGCCGUCAUACUUCACUAGACAGAAUCAAUAUGGUGUGAAAUACUCCAAACGCAUGUCAAGCGCGACAAGGGUAGAGGUCAAUGGUCAAUAUGGCCGACCUGUCUUCCGAUGAAGUCAGACAGGUGCACAAGGACACCGGUUCCGGUGAAAAACGUAGGACUGGUGAGGCAUUUACAGUUGACUUUGGCGAUAUGAAAUCAAAAGAAGGCAAGAAGAAUUUGCAAGAAUCAUUUAUCAAAUUCAAGAAGCAGCGACAGAAAGAGCUGCGUGAUGAGAAACGUCUGCGCGAGAGAUGCCUCCGUAAACAGGGAGAUGUGGAGCAUAUGAAUAAACUCCGAAAGAAGUUUGUAAAACGGGCAAAGAAAUACUUCGGAACUCCUUAUGCCAAGAAGUACUGGUCACCAGAUCAGCCGGAAUACAAAAGUCGUCUUUUCCUGGACUGUUGUGGUUUGGUACGACAGGUGAUGCGAGAUCUACGUAAAGACUUCGGCUUUCGUCUCGGGCCGUGGAAUCAGGCAUACAUGUUUGAUUUACUUCCGAAUGUUGUGGAGCGAGAAGAAGACAUGAAACCAGGAGACUUAGUGUUUAUAUCUGGAACAUAUCCACGUCCUAACGCUCGGCAGCAGAAGCACCUUAUGACCCAUGUGGAAAUUUGGGCAGGAGAUAGAAACAAAACGAUUGGAGCCCGCUGGAACAAUGGCAAAGUCCAGGUUUGGGAUGACUACCGAUUUGAAGCAAAGAGUUUCAUCGAUGCCAAAUACCACUUCCGGUCAUUAGACACUUGGCUACAAGGCAUCUGUCGCAGCUUCUGCCCUGAACACAAAUGGCGGCGCACAUUCAGUCCUAGUAAAAAGUCUAUAUUCUCCAUAGAUGGAGAAAAGAGUAAGUCCAAUGAUCAGAAAUUAGAAAACAACCCAAAGAGCCAACUACCACAAGACGUACCUAUGACAGCCAGCCGCCAGGGCAAGGAGGACGAUAUAGAGGAGGAGCUUGAGGAGGACAUGGAAGAGGAAGAUGAGGAUGCGGAGCCUGCCUGUGAUAGCGAUGAGGAAGGAUUGGACCCUUCUCCAAGGGAUCCUGAUUUCCUUAUGUCUCCUCGCAAUGUCUGCGGAAAGGUGAAAUAUAACGGUGCAUGUAACCGGUUUCCAAAUCGCCCAACACAUUCCUCCGCCAACAACACUCUGCUGAACGAAAGUGAAGAUGACAGUGAGGAGGAGGAGGAGGAGGAGGAAGAGGAGUUGAGCGUAGGAGGAAAAAUAGCAAGUUUAAAUAUCAGUGAUGCCUCCAUGACCAGACCUCGCAGACUUCAACGCAGUCAAACAGACCUUUUACCAGGGAGAAAUAAGCCAGAUUAUGAAUCACAGCGUCUUCUUUCCCACAGUGUACAGGAGUUGCCUACUAGAUUUCCUGUUAUUGUCAAUGAUGUUGGUAAAGCUAAGCUUAGUUAUAGAAAUGGACAUGAACGCAUUAAACAUCUUUCUGAACGAUGUCUCGCCUCACCUAGAAAUGCACAACCUGCCAAACAAGAAACUAUGUUCAAGACAAAGAGAAAGUCAAUGGAAGAAAGACGAAAAAUCUUCAAAGGUUUGGAACAGUCCAAAUCUGUGCUUUUGAUUAAUAACGAUAUUUCAGAUGAGGAUAGCGAUGACGUUGGAGAGGAGACUGACAAGUUCAAAUCCAUAUCAGAUGAAGGACAUGCCAAUUAUCAUGCAUCAGAUGAACUUGUCAAUUUUUCACCGGAUGAUCUUGCCAAACUACCACCUGAUGACUUUGUGAAACCUUUGUCCAAUGAACUUGUCAAACAGCCAUUAAAUAAAAACACCAGUCCAUCACCAAAUGAACUUGUAGAUGUAACAAGAGAGGAAAAUGACAUAAUUGAGAAACCAAAUGAAGACAAUAUCACAAAGGAAGAUGAUGUGUGCCCCGAGGUAUGUAACGGACUUGAGUAUGAUGACAGCAAGGACAACAGCGAAGAGGACGAAGAUUUUAUUGAUAUUGUACAGACAGUUACAUCACCACAGAGCCAGGACGAAGAAAAUGUCGACGAUGAGGAGAACUCAUCUCAAGGUGACCAUGUUGUCACCAAUUGACCUUAUGACCCCAGUCAUGUGACAGUCAUGUGAUAAGGGGUCAUUAGGUUAAUUGACAUUAUAAAGUUGUUGUUGUUACCAUAGUUACUUGUAUGCUCCUGCCCUGCCUCCAAACAGUCUCAUGGCUUCACCUACAAUUUUAAAAUUCCUCAUUUUUAAUCAAUCGCUAUCUGAAUUUAUUGAUGCAGUUUAGAAGAAGACGUUUCUAAUUCACAUGAAAGCUUGAGAGAAGAUUAGAUAGUUUAAAACACAUCUGUGGUGUCAUUCUUACAAUUUAGAGAUCUUUUUAUAAUUUCAUGAAUGAAUGACAAAAGAUCACAAUUUCUUCUGGCAUAUUUUCAAUGAUAUCAUUUAUCAAGAUAUUUCCAUAUAAUUUUGGCUAUGUCAUAUGUAAAAAAAAAAGAUAUAUCAUUUUAUACUCUUUCAUGUUUUAUUGUAAAAGAGAACCAUAAUCUACCUGUUUUCAUUUAGAUCUGUGGGUUGUGUGGAGGUUACAGGAAGCUUGUGUACCGUCGUUCAUUAGUUAUGUUAUUGUUGAAUUACUGUGAGGAUAUUUCCAUCCCUCAGGGUAUUAAUGCAUGUUACUGUUAGUUUACUUUUAAUUGUUAAGAUUUCACUUCGCCAUUUUAUCUUAAAUGACUAUGUAACAAAGACCAAUUUAUAAGUAUUCUGUAUUUAUUCACAAAUAAGCCCUGUCCAUAUAUAUGCCCUGUCCAUAUGUAAGCCCUGUCCAUAUAUAUGCCCUGUCCAUAUAUAAGCCCUGUCCAUAUAUAAGCCCAUGUCCAUAUAUAAGCCCUGUCCAUAUAUAUAAGCCCUGUCCAUAUAUAAGCCCUGUCCAUAUAUAAGCCCCGUCCAUAUAUAAGCCCUGUCCAUAUAUAAUCCCUGUCCAUAUAUAAGCCCAUGUCCAUAUAUAAGCCCCUUAUUGCUUUUGCAGAAACGUUUAAUUUUAAAAUAGUAAGCUAAAGUUGAUUAACAAAUAAGCCCUCCCUUUAAUACUUAACUUUUACACAAGGGGAUUGGGCUUAUUUGAGGAUAAAUAAGGUACACAAUUUUUACACAAGUGAGGGGGCUUAUUUGAGGAUAAAUAAAUUAUUUACACAAGUGAAUUAUAGGCUGAUUUGAGGAUAAAUAAGGUACCAAGUUUUUACACAAAGGAAGGGGGGCUUAUUUGAGAAAAAAUGAUUUUUUUUUUACACAGGAUUGGGAUGAUUUGGGCAUAAAUAAGGUGCAAAAUUUUACGCAAAGGGAUGGGGCUUAUUUGAGAAUAAAUGAAAUUUUUACACAAGGGAAGAGGGCUUAUUUGUGGAUAAAUAAAACUUUUACACAAGCUGAUUGGACUGAUUUAAGGACCAAUACGGUAUAUACAUGUAGUCUUGAAUACAGGUCCAUAUACCAGACAUUUAAAUGGUGUUAAUUUACUGCUUGUCUGUGAUGUAUUUUUUCCUGUGAUCAUUAUUAUGGCCAGAUAAACACUGGGUAGACCGGGUAAUAUACACAGAAACGUACAGCAAAGAGUCUCAUACAGGUAUAAAAUUGAUAUAAGUACGUAUUAUUAUACAUUACUUUAAAAGGACCGUAACACGCUGCAGCGAUCUCACGCUAUCCUCUUGUGAAAAUGUAUUUUUUUUAUUGAUAAAUAAAAAAAACAUAAUGAGUUAUUGUCAUGAAUUUACAGUAGAGGUUUUUGCAAUUCAUGUUUUUUGUUGCUGAAAAAUCAGUUUUUAAUUAAGUUCAUCAGAUAUAUGUAUGUGAAGACUUUCUCAACACAACUAUAUUGUAUAUGGAGUAGGAAAAGUCACUUGUUAUACUGAAUAAGUUUUGGUUUCUUGAUAGAUAAAAAAUCCUCUCAUGAUGUGUCCAUCUGAUGGUAUAUGGUAGAGAUUAAAUCCCAAUGAAAUCUUCAUUCUAAACCACCUUCAAUUUAUAAAUUUGUUUAUCAUGAAAUUUCAUACACUUACAACCAUCAUUUGUACAAGUUUCAAACAUCUGGGGUCACUUAAGAAUGAGGCCACAUGUAGUUAUUUUAUAUAUUUUGCUUUAUCAACUCGUAUUUUGCAUCCAAUUCUCAUGAAACUUCAUAUACUCUGGUUCCAUUUCUGACUAAUAGCAUGACAGGAUUGAGUAUAUAUAUAUAUAAUCUGUGAUGUCUGAACCGUUAAAGUUUGAAUUCCUUUCUAGCAGACUUGGUAUAAAUUUGUUGUUCUAUAAAUCAUUGUUUGGCUUUGUUACGUAUUGUUAAGUCAUUGCCAUUGACUUAUAUACUGAUUAUUAUGGUAUCCUAUACCUAUAAGCACCGUUUACACAAUGUAUGUGGCCGUAUAUAUAACACACCCAUCCUGUGUUGUAGAUAUGUGUAUUUGUUGGGACUUUCCUAGCACACAUUAUAACUACACAUGCAUUUUAUGCCCAAGUCAUAACCUUGUUAUACAUUUGAAUGUUAAACAUAUAUUUUUAUGAGAGAAUAUGUCAUACCUGCUAUGAUCUGUGAUAUAACCCCCCCCCCCAUUACUUUAGAGGUACAUGUAUAUGUUUUAAAGGUUCAUUACACCUGUGUAAUUUGUACACCUGUGUGUGUUUGCACAGGUACAUACUUUGGGGCAGAGAAUCCCUAAAUAAAAGCUUGUAUCCGUAUAAUUUGAGGAUCAUUCAUUUCAGAGGAGGGCCAAAAAAUUGAUGUUUGAAAAUGAAACUAUCAGAUUUUAUUGUACUUUUCUAUGAUGUUGUAAGUUGCCAGUGAGCACACAUCAGUAUGCCAACUGUAUCCGGUUGUGGCUAACUGUCAUUCCUGAUUGGCUAUUGAAACUAUUAAAAAGCACAGAAGAUUUCACUCUGUAGAUUAAAAAAAAAUAUGAAAUGAAAUUUAAGGAUUAAUUUGUGCAGUUACAUUCAGCAGACUGAAAAUUAACUCCAAGGAUCUUCAAUCUUAAAUAUAUAGAAAAACAAUGAAAUUGGAAACACUCCCUAUAUAGUAACACCAAUGAGGAAGCUAAAGGAAGACAAUUUUUUGAUUCGUGCCCUGACCCGGGGCGUCAAUCUCAUGAUCUUAUUGCACCUAGCUAAUUGUUUAGAGGAAAUGCCUGCAGAGGUAUACCACUGUAUCACAUACAUGUUUGUUAAGCUUGUGGAUCGCAGGCUCUGGACCAUAUACACUACUUUGUGGCGAUUAACCUGCUUUGAUGUAGAUAACGAGGUAAAAAGCAGACAUUAGAAGGAAACGUUAUAAAUAAAAAAUACCCCACCUACACUAUCCUACCUACAAAUUAAUCAGUGACACCUAAACACAUCGGCUUUCUGUGCCGAUCAAUUUCAGGCUAUCAGUGGAGUUGGACAUACUUAUGAAUGUCUCCUCUCCGUACUUGAUAACCCUGCGCAUGUAUAAAACUUAAUGAAAGAUUGAUAUGUAGUGCGAUGCAUCUGGUCACAUGCUGAUGUGCUGUAGUCGAUGGCAAGUCUCUGAUCAUGAAUGGCUCCCUGAGGUGCACUGUGUGAACCCCGUUCAGGGUACACUUGUUAGGUGUGAGGCGGGGUCCUAUUAAUUGACUGCUGGAUUAUGCAAGUCCUUUUAUUCGCAUUGCAAUUACAUUAGAAUUGGCUCUGCAUUAACUCAUCCCAGAAUGUACUGCAAAACUCUGACUUUGAAUUCUUCAACAUAUUUCAUUGUUAGGUCUACUAUUAAUGGUUUACUAUCAAUGUAUAAAAUCUAAUAAUAUACCAGUAAAUGAAGGCUUGUGCACCAAGAAAUCUUAGUUUUUAAAAUUAAAGCAAUAGAUUUUUACUCCUGAGAAUAAAAUCUGACAGAAUGUAUAAUGAAAUUUUAAUCUCUAUCGGAUCACACAGUUCUAUCUACUUUACAUUACUACCAAUGCAGUCACUCCGAGAUAAAUGAUACAAAUCUAUGUUUAUUAAAUAUUCAGACAGAAAUAUAAACGAAUGCCUUUGAAGAAAAGGCAAAGAAAUCUGCCAACAUAUCUACUGGUAAUCGAUGACAACAAUUUUGACUUCAGGUGAAAUUCACAGAAGACCGACAUGCAAUUGUUUUCUGGCUGUAAAACAAGGCAAAAUAUUUCACUACAGAUUUUGACUUGGUAUUGACUAAAUAUUAAGCCUUUAAAAUGUUUACAUGCAUUGUAUUGGGAUGGGCUAUAAUACGCCCCCCUUCCCCUUCCCCUCCCAACACAAUUUUUUCAGUCAUGCUGUUUUAAACACUGUCUGUAGUGAUGAGUAAGAACUGUAAAACAUACAAAAAACUAAUGUCAACAUAACUAAUUAAUAUUUUAAAACUUUAUUGGUAUUAUGCCGGGCGUAGUUUGGAUGAUUGAUGUUUGGAUUAUUGAUGUUUGAGAGACUUAGGAAACUGAUACUCAGGGAUAUUCAAUAGACAGUACUACUGGAUACAUAACAGACAUUGACACUCAACUUGUACAGAAAUAUAUUCUAUUGUAUUCCGUCUCUGAGAUCAAAAAUUCUAAAAACAGUGUCAGUGUUAGACAAACUGCUCUUUAGAGACAUAUUUUUCAAUCGUUGAGUAAGCCUUUCUUUAUGUCCAAAUCAAAUACACUGUAGAUGUAUCUCAAUGAAAACUUAUAUGUGAUAUUUAAAAUUACAACAAUCUCAAAUGUGACAAUAUGUACAGAAAUUACCUAUAUCUUGUAAAGGUAAAAGUGAUGUACAAUGAUCUGUUGGCUUGGGAAUGUGUGCCCGCGUGUCAUGUCGUGGGGGAUAAAAUAUUUGUGGUGAGAUAUAUUAGCAUGCUGUGAUAUGUAAUUCCGUCUAUGAUUAGGUCCGUCCAUUGUUAUAAAAUUUUACCUUCAUAAUAUAUAUACCAUGUAUAUCCAUAUUGUGUCAAAUGCUGAGUCAAGCUGUUGGGUGUAUUUUAAAUGCAUUGAUUUUAAUUUUGAUUUAUUAACAUUCCAUGGGGUUACUUAGGUAUAUUUAUAUUGUUAACUUUUAUUAUAAAGAUAUGAUUUUAUGAAACUUGUGUGUCUGAUUUUCAAGAAUUUUUUUUUAUUAUUUAUUCAUAUAUGCAAGGUAUAUAAAAACAAAUCAAAACAUAUAUUUAUAUACUGAAAAUUUAUGUGUGCAAAUAAACAUAUGACUGUUUUGCUAUCUGUUUUCAAAAAUAAAUUUUGUUUGUUAUAUACUGAAUUACUGACUUUAAGUUCAUUUUCAACUUUCUGUCCUUCUGAGCCACAUGUCAAUCAGUAUUUUUUUGUCAAAUUUAUAUAUACAUUUACAAAUACUUUAUAUCUACAUCAAUAUAUCACUGUUAAUUAUCAUAAUUAGUGUAAGUGUGCAAAAUAUCUUAAGAAUUUUAGAAAAAAAAUGCUUUUCUUUUUUAUUAUACAAUAUGUACCAUAUUAAUGGAGUAACAGCCAUGUCAUUAUACAUGUAGUAAUUAAAGGCAUACAUGUUUGAAUCUGAUACUAUACAAACACAACUGCCAAGAAAACUUGCCAGCACGAAAUAUGUGAUAUCAAUUGACUUUGGAAACUACUGAAUACAGCUAUGAAGAUGUAUAUUUUUAAAGGGUUCUGAUUUUCAUUGCUUUUGAAAAUAAAAUUCAAUUGAAAGUUCAUAACAUCAAAGGAAAAUAUAAUAUGAAGAUCCUACAUUUCUGAAGGUUUAUGUAUCAUUCUAUAAGAAAUAAAUUGGCCUUUGGCAAGUACUAGG